UUGCCUUUUCGUGUACGUUGGCAGGAUAUUAAAGACCAGUUUAGAAAGGCAGGACAGGUUAUCAGAGCUGAUGUAGCAUUGAACUUUGACAAUCGAUCCAAGGGACAUGGCACUGUGUUAUUUGCAACUAUUGAGGAUGCCCAAAAAGCCAUAGACAUGUUUGAUAACUUUAAAUGGUUGGGACGUGUCAUUGAAGUGAGAGGAGAUCGUGGCUUUGUUGAUACAGAUAGUGGUAAAAAGAAAUCAUCACCCAAACUAGUAGAAGCAGUGCGUGUGACUGUAAAAAAGAUUGAGCAUAAAGAAGAAGUGGAAGAGGAGGAGGAGAGUGAUGAUGACUGCAAGCAGCUGUUUGUUGGAAAUUUGCCUUUUCAAUGCCAGUGGCAAGAUUUAAAGGAUUUGUUUAAGAGUGAAGGCCAUAUAUUACGAGCCGAUGUGGUAUUAAAUUUUGACGGCCGUAGCCGUGGGUUCGGAACGGUAUUAUUUGCUAACCAUAAAGAUGCAAAGCAAGCCAUUGAGAAAUACAACGGAUUUGAGUUUCAUAAUCGGAUUUUAAGGGUUCAUUUCGAUAAGUUUGCGGCUAGCCAUCAACGGUUUAGAGAACACGAAGAAAGUACUUUUGGUCAAAGACAAAUCCAUGAUCCGGAAUCAAUCGAGUUGUUAAGACAGACGUAUUCCUAUACUGCCCCACAACCCUAUACUGCUUACACCUCGCCCUAUACAUCCUACGGAGGAGGUUUAGAUAUGUAUCAAGGGAUAAUUCAGGCACAGCCUAGUUUUGCUUACUAUCCUUCGCAAUAUAAUAACGCCGUAUAUAACGGUGGAUAUAAUACCCAGCAAUGGGUCCAACCACCGCUAAUGCAAUAUCCAAAUGAAGAAUUAACGUCAUUGUCAAAUUCAUUGGACAAUAUUCAUUUAUACAAUACACCGAGAAACGGAGACUUCAGCUGGACUGACUGA